AUGAAUACGGCAGAGUCUCAAACUGCCCGGCCAGCUGUGGAGCGCGCCGUCACCAAAUAUCCGCCUGAUCAAGGGAACGAAGUUAAGAGCGAAAACAACGAUGUUUCUGAAAGCAGUCAGAGUGAUGAGAAGCCUGAGCCGAUAAUUGACGCAGAACCCACAGAAGAGUGGGUUCAAGGGUUUAAGCUAUUUAUGAUCAUCAGUGGUUUGAUCUUCGGGACAUUCUUGAUGUUGCUGGAUACAUCCAUUAUCGCUACGGCCAUCCCACGUAUUACAACUGAUUUUCAUGCUUUGGAAGAUGUCGGCUGGUAUGGUGCCUCAUAUCAACUCGCCAGUGCUGCUCUUCAACCACUUACCGGCAAAUUUUACACUCAUUUUGGAGGCAAAUGGACCUUCCUCGCCUUUUUCGCCGUCUUUGAGCUGGGUUCUCUGCUUUGCGGCGUGGCUAAUUCGUCAAAUAUGCUGAUUGCUGGGCGGGCAAUUGCUGGAAUGGGCGCAUCUGGUAUCCAAAACGGUGCCUUCACAAUUGUUGCUCAAAGCGUUCCUUUACACAAAGGACCUCCACUGAUGGGGCUGGUUUUGGGCAUAUCGCAACUCGGGUUGGUUAUGGGCCCCUUGAUCGGAGGCGCACUUACCGAAUACACUACCUGGAGAUGGUGUUUCUACAUCAAUUUGCCAGUAGGUGCUGUUGUUGCAGUUUUACUCGUAUUCGUCAAGCUCCCUGGAACGGUAAAAGUCCCCUCCUGGCGCACCGUCGUUACCGAUCUCGACCUCCUAGGUUUCACUCUAUUCGCGCCAGCUAUGAUCCAGUUAUUGCUUGCCUUACAAUAUGGAGGCAAUCGACAUGCUUGGGAUAGUGCAACGGUCAUUGGAUUGUUUUGUGGUGCUGCUGGAACUUUUGCCAUAUUUCUCUGGUGGGAAUACCGAAAGGGAGACGAAGCUAUGAUUCCGUUUUCCAUCAUUGGUAAACGAGUCGUAUACUCAGCAUGUAUUGCAUUUGGACUUCUACUUAGCGCCACGUAUGUUGCGUUGUAUUACAUUCCUAUAUUCUUUCAGAGCGUCAAAGGAACCUCGCCCACGAUGAGCGGAGUAUAUCUCUUACCGAGUAUUUUGCUUCAACUGUCUGGGGCUAUUGUGGUCGGAGCGUUAGUUCCAAAAGUUGGAUACUUCACUCCCUUCGCCAUUGUUGGUGGUGCUCUUUGCGCCAUUGCCAGCGGCUUACUCUCAACAUUCGAUGUAUCGAUUUCGACCGGAAAAUGGGUCGGCUACCAAAUUCUUCUUGGGGCAGGUGAAGGCAUGGCUUUACAGAUGCCCGUGAUUGCCGUUCAAAACUGCAUAACACCAGCACAGAUUCCUACUGCCAUGGCGCUUGUCAUGUUUAGCUCCACCCUCGGUGGCGCUCUUUUCUUAUCCUUUUCGCAAACAGUAUUAACUAACAGUCUUCGUUCAUUAAUUCCACAAUAUGCCCCUAAUGUUAACGCCGAGGCAAUAAUUGCCGCCGGUGCUACUGGCUUCCGGCAUAUAGUUCCUAGCUCUGAUUUGCCGGGCGUGUUGGUUGCAUACUCAAAGUCCAUUGAUAGGGUAUUCUAUCUAUGUGCUGGUGCAAGUGCCGGUGUGUUUUUUGCCUCUUUUGGAAUGGGUUGGAAGAAUAUCAAGCCAAAGAAAGAAGUCGCAGAAGUGGACGUUUGA